AUGGUCACCCAAGAGGAUAUAAUCCUCAUUGGUGCUUGGCUCAACACCAGCAAAGAUCCAAUAGUGAGUAAUGAACAAAAAGCUGGUGCCUUCUGGAAGAAGAUUGUAGAGUACUACAACUCCAGUCCUCUCCUGGUUGGGACAACCCCAAGAGAACAUGGGCAAUGCAAGCAAAGAUGGGCUAGGAUCAAUGAUUUGGUCUGUAAGUUUGUUGGCUGCUACGAGAUGGCACUGAGGGAGCAGAGAAGCGGGCAAAAUGACAACGAUGUGAUGAAGGCUGCCUUGGAUAUCUUCCACAGUGACCAGAACAUGAAGUUCAACUUGGAACAUGCGUGGAGGGAGCUUAGGCAUGAUGUGAAAUGGUGCUCCACCUAUCUGGAGAAGGACUGUGCUAAGGAAAAACACAAACCAGUGGAUUCUGUUGAUUGUCAAGGGGCAGUGCCAGAGCCAGAAGAGAGACUAAUAGGGCUUAAGGCUGCUAAGUCUGCUAGCAAGAGGAAGAAAACUGGAAAAGAAGAAGAAUUGACAAAGCUAGAAGGAAUGUUGGAGAUCAAAAAACAAAUCUCAAAGCAAAGUUUGCUAGACCGUUUGCUUGCAAAGCCCGAGCCACUCUUUGAGAUGGAAUUAGCUCUCAAAAUGAAACUUAUGUCUGAAAUGUUGUGUGAUGAUUGA